AUGCCUGACGGAGUAGCUCUCGCGAAGAAGGCGAUCGCUGCGCGCGACGCGACGAUUCCAAAGGAGUACGCUCUGCCCGAGUCGCUCUUCCCCCUGCCCAAGGACAGGCGCGACUUGCUGCAGCGCUCCGGCCUGCUGGACAAGAAGGAGCUCGAGAUCGUUAACCAGGGCGUUAUCCCUCUCGCCAAGGCCAUCGCAGACAAGAAGUACACCUCGGUCGAAGUGACUAAGGCGUUCAUCAAGGCUGCCGCGAUUGCUCAGCAGGCGACGAACUGCGUCCUCGAGCUGUUCCCGGAGGAGGCGCUUCAGCGCGCCAAGGAACUGGACGACUACCAGGCGAAGAACGGCAAGACUGUCGGUCCCCUCCACGGCGUCCCGAUCAGUAUCAAGGAUCACAUCCGGCAGAAGGGCCAUGCGGCGCCAUGCGGCUUCCUCUACGCUGUUGACCAGAUCGCGGACAAGGACUCGCACCUGUUCGCAAUCCUGCGCGAGGCGGGCGCUGUACCUUACUGCCGCACCAUCAACUGUCAGGCCGUCAUGCACCUCGAGUGCCGUAGCGCGUGGGGCGCGACUCUGAACCCGCACAACGUGGACCUCGUUCCUGGUGGUUCUACUGGUGGUGAGGGCGCGCUUCUCGCUAUGCGCGGCUCGCCUCUCGGUAUCGGCUCUGACAUUGGUGGCUCCGUGCGUUCGCCCGCUGCGGCAUGCGGUAUCUUUUCGUUCAAGCCGUCCAUCGGCCGCGUGCCCAACACUGGUGCCGAAACUCUGUCUGCUGCGCCUGGAUACGAGGGCAUCAUCUCGACCCUGGGUCCCAUGGGUCACAGCGUCGAGGACCUUGAGCUUAUCAUGAAGAUUGUCGCCGACGCCAAGCCCUGGAACUACGACCCCAGCCUCCAGGUCAAGCCCUGGCGCAAGGUCGAGCAGAAGGGCAAGCUCCGCGUUGGUGUGCUCCGUGACGACGGGGUUGUCCGCCCCGUUGGCUCUGUCCAGCGCGCACUCGACUAUGCCGUUGACAAGCUCAAGAAGAACCCCAACUUUGAGGUCGUCGAGUACAAGCCGUACAAGUCGGAGCGCUCGUGGGAGCUUAUUGUGAGUAGAGACAGGCUUUGGAAAGCUGACGCCCAGACCCACCUGUACUUCCCCGACGGCGGCAAGCUCGUCUACGACUCGCUGGCCAAGGCUGAUGAGCCUGCCGACCCGAUGACCGACUGGAUCGUCGGCCAGGGUCGUGCGCUGGACCGUGAUGAGAUCAUCAACCUCGUCGCUGAGCGUGACGCGUACCGCAUGGAGGUUGCGCACCACUGGCAGGACGCCGGCAUCGACUGCCUGCUCUCGCCCGUCGGCCCCACUCCUGCCCCUCAGCCAUUCACCGCCAAGUACUGGAACGUCGACAAGCAGGAUGAGAAGGACAAGCAGGACGGAUACAAGCCCCGCAACGACAAGGAGAAGGAGAUUUACUCGACCUACGACCCCGAGGUCGCCCAGGGCGCGCCGCUCUGUCUCCAGGUCAUCGGAUACGUUGGCCACGAAGAGGAGACCAUCGACGCAAUGAAGAAGAUCGUCGACGCCGUUACCAAGUAG